AUGGUUUCUCUCCGCUCCCGCGAUUUGAAGAGCAGGGAAGAGGGAAUCGUGGAAAUGAAGAGGAGGAUCCACCUAGAGCCGAGGAACCGGCCCCCGGCCGCGGUUCGAGAACUUGUCCUGGACAACUGCACAGCAAAUGACGGGAAAAUUGAGGGCCUGGCAGAUGAAGCUGUGAACUUAGAGUUCCUCAGUUUGAUAGGUGUAGGCUGGAUUUCAGUCUCAAAUCUCCCCAAACUACCUAAAUUGAAAAAGCUUGAGCUCAGUGACAAUAGAAUCUUCGGCGUUCUGGACAUGUUAGCAGAAAAACUUCCAAAUCUCAAACAUCUUAACUUAAGUGGAAAUAAACUGAAAGACACCAGCACCUUGGAACCUUUGAAAAGGUUGGCAUGUCUGAAAAGCCUGGAUCUGUGUAACUGUGAGGUCACUGACCUGAACGACCACCGAGAGGGUGUGUUCAAGCUUCUGCCUCGGCUGACCUGUCUGGACGGCUGUGACCAAGAGGAUGGAGAAGCCUCCGGCUCAGAUGCUGAGGUGGAUGGUGUGGAUGAAGAGGAGGAGGAUGGAGAAGGAGAAGCUGCAGAGGAGGAGGAAGAUGCGGAUGGUGAGGAGGAAGAGUGUGAUGAUGAAGAGGAUGAGGAUGAAGAUGUAGAAGGGGACGAAGACGAGGACGAAGACGAAGUCAGUGGGGAGGAAGGAGAUUUUGGACAGGAUGGAGAAGCUGAUGAAGAUGAAGAUGACGAGGAUGAGGAUGAAGAGGAGGAAGAGAGCGGAAAAGGAGAAAAAAGGAAGCGGGAAACAGAUGAUGAAGGAGAAUAUGAUUAAAACCCAAAUAAACUUUAAAAAAAAAAAAGAGCGAACUGUUCAGUAUUGGUUGGACUGCGCAUAAGGAUUUGGUAGAUGUUUAAAAAAAAAACAGGUAGCUGUGACACAAACCCCAGGACACCCACCCACCCAAAGAGCCAAAGAACAGUUCCUGUGAC